AUGGCGGAAAACGAUACGAAAUACGAAGAGGAGAAAACUUCUGCUAAUACGUUACGGAAUACACCGUCGAAUAUAAGGAGGCUGGCGGAUGAGAUACAGCAGUGUGAGGGGCGACAGAAGUAUCUUGCGCGGACCAGAAGCCCAUCGGACGGAGGCGAUAUUAGGUGGUUCUUCCGUAAGGUUCCAAUGGAGAAAAAUGAGGUAGCUGCUGUUGUCCCACGUGCAGAAAUAGUAGAGAAGAGUGAUUAUUUUCGAUUUGGUAUGAGAGAUUCUCUUGCAAUAGAGGCAUCAUUCUUGCAGCAAGAAGAGGAAUUGCUCUCAAUUUGGUGGAAAGAAUACGCAGAAUGUAGUGAAGGUCCAAAAGGGUCACCUGCUUCAACGAAGUCAGAUCCGCUGCUAAAACCAUUCCCCUUAGAAACUAAUCAAUCAGGCAAAGCAUACUCAGAUGAGGAAGAGAGAGUUGGUGUCCCUGUGAAAGGAGGCUUGUAUGAGGUAGACUUGGUAAGGAGGCAUUGUUUCCCUGUUUAUUGGGAUGGAGAUAAUCGCCGUGUCUUAAGAGGCCACUGGUUUGCUCGUAAAGGUGGUAUUGAUUGGCUUCCACUCCGUGAGGAUGUUUCUGAACAGUUGGAGUUUGCUUAUUGUGGCAGGGUUUGGCGUCGUAGGACAUUUCAACCAUCUGGUCUAUUUGCAGCCCGAGUUGACAUGCAAGGGUCUAGUCCGGGGCUGCAUGCUCUUUUUACUGGAGAGGAUGAUACAUGGGAGGCUUGGCUAAGUGUUGAUGCAUCUGGGUUCUCUAGCAUUGUUAAGUUUGGGGGGACAGGCAUUAAGUUAAGGCGUGGUUAUGCUCCAGCUCAUUCACCAAAACCAACACAGGAUGAGUUACGUCAACAGAAGGAGGAAGAUAUAGAUGAUUACUGUUCAGAGGUUCCAGUUCGGCAUCUAGUGUUCAUGGUUCAUGGUAUUGGUCAAAGAUUGGAGAAAGCUAAUUUAGUUGAUGACGUUGGCACUUUCCGUCAUAUUACUGCUAGCCUUGCUGAACAACAUCUAACAUCCUACCAGCAUAGAACACAAAGAGUUCUUUUCAUUCCAUGUCAGUGGAGGAAAAAUUUAAAGCUUAGCGGCGAAUCUGCUGUAGAAAAAUGUACAUUACCUGGUGUACGUGGAUUGCGGGUAAUGUUGAGUGCAACUGUUCACGAUGUCUUAUACUACAUGAGCCCAAUCUACUGCCAGGAUAUAAUUGAUUCGGUUUCCAAUCAAUUAAAUAAGUUGUAUUUAAAGUUCCUUAAGAGGAAUCCUGGUUAUGAUGGAAAGGUUUCUUUAUAUGGUCAUUCUUUGGGAAGUGUUCUCUCUUAUGACAUUCUUUGUCAUCAAGAGACUUUGACCUCCCCAUUUCCAAUGGAAUGGAUGUACAAGGAUCAGAUUAACUAUGAAACUUCUACACCAAAUGACAUGAUGUCCUCUUCUCUGUGCAACGUCUCUUCCAAUUCAUUUGGAACGGAUUUCAACGCAAUUGUGGGUAGGGAUAUGGUAGCUUCCGCCCGGAAGAACAUUCCAAGGGUCCAAUCUGAAUCUUCGCUUCCUGGAUUGCGUGCUGCACAGUCCAACUCUAUGCUCACUCCUCUAGUGUCAGCCAUGGAUGAAAAUCCAUCAGCAACUAUGGAUUCUAAGAAACAUGAUAGUUUCAUUUUCGAUCGAGUUGGUAUUAGAUUUGACCAGGGUUCAAGUGAAGUGCUGUCCGAGAAGGACAGCCGUUUGGAUGACUGUACAGGCAUGGAUAGUGAAGUUUUAGCUAAUGGCUCAAAUCAAAUCGAUGAGGAAGUUUGUCAGCAUGAUGAAACUACCACAAUCAAAUCAUUGAGGGAAGAGAAAGUGUGGCUAUUUUGUGCUAAUUUGGAAAAAUUUGGUCAUUUUGUGAUGAUUGAUUUUCUGAAUGCCAGAAUCAAGGAGCUAGAGUCGCAUAAAGCUGAAGGAGAUAAGCAUGAAGUUAGAACAACAAAAAAUGCAAGCGGUUCCAAAGGUUCUUCAUCUUGCAAACAUGACACACUGAAGAGGUACAGGCCUCUAAUAGAAUACACAAAAUUAGAGUUCAAGGUUGAUACUUUCUUUGCGGUCGGGUCUCCUCUUGGGGUGUUUCUUGCUCUUCGCAAUGUCCGUAUGGGAAUUGGGAAAGGAAAAGACUACUGGGAUGAUGAAAAUAUAAAUGAAGAGAUGCCAUCUUGUCGGCAAAUGUUCAAUAUUUUUCAUCCUUUUGAUCCUGUGGCAUAUAGAGUAGAACCACUUGUCUGUAAAGAUCUUCGCAACACACGUCCAGUCAUUAUUCCUUAUCAUAGAGGUGGAAAGAGGCUGCAUAUCGGUUUGCAGGAAUUCGUAGAAGAUGUUGCAUCAAGUUCUCAGGUGGUAAUGGAUCGUAUGAGCUCAGUAAAGGGUAAAGUACUGGCACUAUGCCAAUCGAAGGACGGUGUUGGUAUUGAAGCCUCAGCUGAGACAUCAGAAAAGCCUGCAAUAGUAGAGAGAUCGUAUGGUUCCAUAAUGCUGGAGAAGUUAACAGGGAGUGAAGAUGGGCGAAUCGAUCAUGUCCUUCAAGACAAAACGUUUCAGCAUCAAUACAUAUCUGCUGUCGGAGCACAUACAAAUUACUGGAGAGACAUGGAUACUGCAUUGUUCAUAUUGAAACAUUUAUAUCAAGACAUACCAGAAGAGCCUGAAAUACCAGAUGAACUCAUGGAGAAUGAAACAAACCAACCAACUCAAGAUUUUCAAGGCUGGUAUGAUAAUGAAGAGGCGGUCGAGGAAGACCUCCCUUUAACCUUCUCUAAUUCAAGGUUCGUGAAAAAGUUCUCGAGGAGAGCCAAAAGCUUCAUCGGCCGUGGCUGA